AUGGCCAUUCUCGACGCCUUCAAACUCGACGAAUUCAACCUCAAGCCCGUCCUCGAGAUCUGGGAUGCUCAGAACCCACCUCGCUUCUACGGAAAGACCGACGUAGAUCCGCCGGUCGAUGUCUGGCUCGACGCCAUCAAGGCCGGCUGUCUUGAGCGCGGUGUGCCGGAGGGAUACUGGCACAAGGUCGGGCAGCACUAUCUCGGACCGCACGCUCGGGCUCGUUAUAACGAGCUCAAGCGCGUCAUGCGCACCAUGCACGGCGGGAAGUACCGCUUUGAUUGGAAGCGCUUUAAGGUCGCUAUGCGGAGUAUGGGUUGGGAUAUCGAGGACAACAAGACCGAGUCCUUCAAGCUCCAGAGUAGGGCUUCAGGCCACUGGUGGAUCGCCGGUCGUGGCUCGUCGAGCAAGGACAAGCAGGAACCUCCGGUACCGUAUCAUCCCUCGCAAGCCCAGCAGAACCGCGCAGCGCAGCCCAUUCCCUUCCAUCCCGCCAACGCUCAGAAGCGCCCGUCGCCUCCCGAGAAACGGCACACUCUCCCGAGCGAGAAGCCAUCGAAGCGCAACAAGGGCAAGACCGACGACAUCAACAGCGUCGAGUUCGUCGACGAUUGGGACUCUGUCGCAUCCACGGCCGAUAGCACCUCACGGCCAUCCGUCGCACGGCGCAUGACCGAUUGGAUCACCCGCAAAGACUCCGGCUCUGCUUCGGAUGCCGUCUCAGAGUCCGCGGAGACUGAGAGCUCGUACAUGCCGAACAGGUUCUACGCGCAGACGCCAUCCACCGCGCCAUCCACCGCACCUUCCGCCGCCGCUUCCACGAAGAAUGGAGGGGAGACAAGUAGCAUGUCGAGCUUCUGGCCUUUCGGCGGUCAGAGCUCCUCAUCCCCGCCGCCUUCCAACGCGGUGGCCACGACGUCAGAGCCCACUGAAGAAUUGAGCACUGCCACCGCUAACGUGCCUGUGUGGCUUCUCAACGCCACCGGCGCACUUGAGUUCCUCAACACCGAGCACCCGAAGACGAUGGGCACGGUUGCUGCCGUCUUGAUCACCGUGGGCAGUCUUCCGGCACUGCCCGGCUUCGCAGCGGCGGCGGGUGGCACCUUCCUGGCUUCGCACGCCUUCCAAGCCGCCGGUGCGAUCGCUUUGGGCGUCGGCAACUGGUUGCGUGCUACACAGGAGGCCAACGCGAAGGCUCCCGCUAAGGCUAUUGAAGCCGGUCCUGAACCCGCCUCCAUAAAGUCGACAUGA